GAAUUCAAUAUUUCAAUUGGCAAUUAAGCAGAUAAAGAAAAGGAGGAAAUGCUCCUCAAACUCAAAGAAAAGAAUCACUGUUUCUAAAACGGAUUGUUGUAGUCUAUGAUGAAUAAUCAUUUUCUUUCAUUGCCAUUACUCCCAUUUGCACCUCUCUAAUCUCCGCAAACAACUAACUACACACCCACACACAUACACACUCUCUCUCUCGCAAACACAAACACACACUCUCUCUCUCUGCCAUUCCCUUGAUCGCUGGAACGCAUCUCCGACCAAUUAACCGUCGCCAUUCCGGUGAUUCACCACUCUGAUCCUUACGGAACUCGAUACUACGCCUUUGUAUUCUCAGAUCCGUCUUCGUUCUAGUUGUGAUGCGAAAAUCGGGGGAGGAGGAGAAGCGUCCAUGGAAUAGGAAGAUCCUACUUCCGAAUUCGUUAGCUUAGGGUUAGGGUUUGCAAAAUCGUUCUCCAAACAUGUUUAAGAGAAUCAUGAAGGGAGGGCAAAAGAAGCCCUCCAAGUCCGAAACAGAUGCCUCCGCCUUCGGCUACGGUCCACCGGCCAACAACGCCCCCGUCACUACGGCGGUGACUGUGCCUCCGCCUUCGGGGACCAUAGAACUGCUCCCUCUCUUCCGCGACGUGGCCGUUUCCGAGCGCCAGAACCUCUUCCUCCGGAAGCUUCAGGUAUGCUGCCACGUGUUGGAUUUCUCCGACACGCUGAAAUCGGUUCGGGAGAAGGAAAUCAAGAGGCAAACGCUGAUGGAGUUGGUGGAUUUCAUUCAAUCGGGUUCGGGGAAGAUAACGGAGACUUGCCAGGAAGAGAUGAUCAAAAUGGUGUCGGUGAACAUUUUCCGGUGCUUGCCGCCGGCGUCGCACGAGAACACCGGCCAAGAACCCACCGAUCCGGAGGAGGAAGAAACAUGCUUGGACCCCUCGUGGCCACACUUGCAGCUCGUGUAUGAGCUUCUUCUCAGAUACGUGGUUUCUUCAGAUACUGAUACCAAGGUUGCUAAACGGUAUAUCGAUCACUCUUUUGUGCUGAAAUUGCUUGAUUUGUUUGAUUCUGAGGACCCCCGAGAGCGUGAGUAUUUGAAAACCAUAUUGCAUCGUGUGUAUGGAAAAUUCAUGGUUCAUCGCCCGUUUAUUAGGAAAGCCAUUAACAAUAUCUUUUAUCGGUUUAUAUAUGAGACGGAGAGGCAUAGUGGUAUUGGGGAGCUUCUGGAGAUUCUUGGCAGCAUUAUUAAUGGGUUUGCAUUGCCAAUGAAGGAGGAGCAUAAGUUGUUUCUUGUGAGGGCGCUUUUGCCUCUGCAUAAACCGAAGUCCAUUGCUGUCUACCAUCAGCAGUUAUCAUAUUGUAUUGCUCAGUUUGUUGAGAAGGAUUACAAGCUUGCGGAUACUGUUAUUAGGGGUUUGUUGAAGUAUUGGCCUGUCACCAAUUGCCAGAAGGAGGUUCUCUUCCUUGGAGAAUUGGAGGAGGUGCUCGAGGCCACGCAAGCUGCAGAAUUCCAACGCUGUAUGGUCCCUCUUUUUAGACAGGUUGCCCGCUGCCUCAAUAGUUCUCACUUCCAGGUUGCAGAACGAGCACUCUUUUUAUGGAAUAAUGAGCACAUUGUCAGCUUAAUCGCCCAAAACAGGACUGUAGUAUUGCCGAUAAUAUUUGAAGCAAUGGAGAAGAAUAUCCAGAGUCAUUGGAACCAGGCUGUUCAUGGGCUAACUGUGAACGUUCGGAAAAUGUUUAUAGAAAUGGACGCUGAAUUGUUUGAAGAGUGCCAGAGGCAGUAUGCAGAAAGAGAGGCUAAAGCAAAAGAAAUAGAAGAGCAGCGGGAAUUGAAUUGGAAGAGACUGGCAGAUGCGGCUGCACAGAAUGGGGCAGAUAUGGUGACGGCUUAGCCAAAUUACUUUACUGCCCUAACUGGGAAUGUGAAUUGGAUAGGUGAAGGAUUGUACGUGCUCCUCGCCAUUUUGGUGCCAUUGUUUAUUGGUUUCUUUCUUUCCCGCUUAAUUUCUUUUUCCUCUCUAUUUUCUCAUUUGGAUAAUCAGCGAUUAAUGUAACUUAAAAAUGUAUUGGACGUUGUUAGCAAUGUCUGCAGAUUAAGAAUGUUUUGUGAAACACUUUCUUGUAUUUUUUGCCCCCUACAGAGAGAAAUACGGAAAAUUUCUUUUCCUCUUGGAAACACACUCUAGUACCUUGUGUUUGUGGUGCAAGAAAUACGGAAAAUGUAGUCUUGUUUUUCCUUUCCUUUUCUUUUCCAAAUUGCACCACAUAAAUGUGAAUUAGUUGUGCUUAUACUUUAUGAUUUAGUUGAGUGUAAGUAAUACUAUGAACCAGUCUUUUUAAGAUACUAGUUAAUAAAAACAAAAAAAGUUUGUCCA